ACAUUUUUUUAUACACCCGAUAAAAAUUGCUUUUUCUCCUUUAUUCAAAUUUUUACACAUACUUUGAUGUUCACUUUAUACCAAAUGUAAUGAGACUUUUUGUCAUGUGUUAAGAUAAUGGCACACAUAACUGCAUAUUUUGCAGCUCGAGAUUAUACAAAACCUGCGAUUGAUCGUCGCAUUGCUGAAUUAUUAAAAAGAAGAGUCGGUUUAGAAGAAUUACCUACUGAAAGUUUAAAAGAACGACUUGCCAAAUUUAAGGAGAAUCGAAAUGCUAGACAAGCAUUGCUUAAAGCAACCCAUAGACAGGUCUUGGAAGUUGCUGCUUUUAUUUUAAAUGUAGAUCCAGAUACUUUAGAAGAAGGAAUCAUUGAUAAAGACGAAUAUAUCAAUGUUCUUGAUAGUUUCUUCCUUAAAGAUGGAAAGCGUGCAAUUCUUAUACACUAUCAACCAAUGGAACCACCUCCAUUUGAAUCAGGAAGAUGGAAUCCACAAUAUGAGCGUGAAACUGAAGUAAUACGUUGUUGUGUUACUGAUGGUUCUACAGAACAACUUUCUGGCAAAUGUGUUAUAGUUUAUAGAUUGAAAUCAGACAUUGAUUUUGAAACAAAGCAUCUUCAUGAAGAAGCAUAUUAUGCAUAUGCAGAAGUUGACCCAGUAUCUCGAAGUGCACUUGCAGCCAUAUCAGAUUUAAUUUUAAGGCUAAAUUUACCAGCAAUAAUUGCUAAUAAAGUAUGGGGUGAAUUGUCAAAAUGUGAAACUGGUGACAAAGUUGUGAACAAUUUUAUUUGUGAUUUUAGAGACUUUUGUGAAUUUCUAAGCAGUAAGAGAGUACAACUCAUAAUCAUUUAAAGUCAUAUCUAUAUCUAUACAAUGAAACUACUAUUUCUAUAUUUUGUUUAGUGACUAAAAUAGAUUUAGAAAAUACAAUAAAAUUUUACACCGAUUGGGAGGCCUAUCAUAAGUAUAUAGAAUUGCCAGAAAAUAAUAAACAAAGUCUUACUAACCCAGAAGCUGUAGAAGCUAUAGAAAAUAAUCUUAAAUUAUGGAUGAAAAGUAUGGAACGGGUAAAGUUUAUGAGUGUAGCAUUUUAUUUUAAUCCACUAAAAAAUUAUAUGUAUUUGGAUAUAUAGGCCAU